UGUCAGUGUGGGAAUCCCGGACUGGAGGAGAGCGCAGCCCCGGGACCGCAGACACCGCCGGCUCCAGCACCGGAUCCUGCCCGGGAGCACAGAUCCGCCCGUUUGGCCGCGCGACGAGACUGUCCGGAUUCUAUAAGACGUGGCUGUUCCCGAGCAUCAGGACUCUGCGACCAAACCAUGUCCAAGGUUCAGGAAACCAUCGUAUUGGAGGAAGAGGAGGAGGAGGAGGAAGACGCCUCCACCAGCUGCGGGACCGGCGAUGAUGAGGAUGACGGCGAACCGAAAAUCUGCCGCGCUUGUGGCGACCGAGCUACGGGAUAUCAUUUCAAUGCCAUGACGUGUGAAGGCUGCAAGGGCUUCUUCAGACGCGCCAUGAAGCGUAGCCUGCGGCUGAGGUGCCCCUUCCAGAACACCUGUGUCAUCAACAAGAAUAACCGGCGGCACUGCCAGGCCUGCCGGCUGAAGAAAUGUCUGGACAUCGGGAUGAAGAAGGAGUUGAUCAUGUCUGACGAGGCCGUGGAGCUGCGACGCUCCCUCAUUAAGAAGAGGCAGAGCUUGUCCAGAUCCUGACCUACCUCCCCUGUGUCCACCAUGACGGAGGAGCAGGAGGUGCUGGUGGGGCAGCUCACAGACGCUCUGAAGAAGACCUUUGACAGCAGCUUCACCUACUUCAGGAACUACCGGCCCGCCAGGCGGCACGCGUGUCCUCCGGGCCAGCUCCAGGAGUCCUAUGUCUUCUUGAUGUUGCCUCACAUAUCCGACCUGCUCACCUAUGUGAUCAAGGGCAUUAUAGAAUUUGCCAAAAUCAUCUCGUAUUUCAGGGAUUUGGAUAUCGAGGACCAGAUCGCUCUCCUGAAGGGCUGCGCCAUUGAGCUCUGCAUCAUCCGAUUUAACACCGUCUUUGACUACAAUACGCGAACCUGGUUGUGCGGACCACAACACUACAACGUUGAUGAUUUGGCGGCUGCCGGCUUCCGUCAGCUCUUCUUAGAGCCACUGAUUCGAUUCCACUGUAUGCUGAAGAAGCUGUGCCUGCACGUGGAGGAGUACGCACUGAUGCAAGCCAUCUCCCUGUUCUCCACAGACCGGCCGGGCGUCAGCAACCGUGCAAACAUCGAUCGGACGCAGGAGCAUCUGGCGGUAACCCUCAUGGCUUAUAUCGAGAGCCAGCGGCCGCCAUCUCUGGAGAACAGGUUCCUUUUCGCCAAGAUCAUGGAGUGUCUGACGGAGCUGCGUUCCAUUAACGACGAGUACAGUAAGCAGAUCCUGCACAUCUGGGACAUUCAGCCGGACUACAGCCCCCUGAUGCACGAGAUGUUCAGCCGAUUGUCUGAGUGACCCGCCGGCCGUCCUCGGGGCCCUCACUGUAUUAGCGGUGUCCGUCUGUGCGGGGGCUAGCUCCGCGUCUGAGCUCAGUUAUGUUGUCGGUACGUUGUGUGCGUUGAUGUGAAGGUGAGCGCCGCGCCCCCGACAGACGGACCCGCCGAAGCCGAACACUUUGAUGUGAAUUUUCGGAAAUUGCAGAGUUUCUAGUGACCACGACAGGAGCCACGCGGCGGCGGCGGUCUCAGGACAUGACGCUAUCAGGGAACCGCCUCUCGGGGGCGGCCGCCGCAUGGACGCUCCGGCUCCUCUUCAGGGAAUAAGCUACCACCAGAGCUGACACUUCAAAUGACUCCGCCCACAGCGUCAGGUGACUGGAUAAUUGCGUCCCAGUGAUUUUAUUCUUCAGGAUGUUUUUUUGUAUUUUUUUUCAGGUUGCAGGAGCUCAUUUGUCACCUCUGCCCCUGAUCGGUCAUGAUUGAAUCAGGUCUUAUACUCUCGCCACUUCCAGAGCUGCGUUCACAAUAUUCCUGGCUGACCCCACAAGGCAGCAUGAUGGUCAUAGUCUGCUGAACCCCACAUUUCCCAGAAUUAUGAUUGCAGCUCUUGAUGUGACUGUAGUGCAACAGGGGAACAAGGUGCAGUAAAGUGAACCAGCGCCAUAACGAGUGCCGCCUGUGGGGGCCCCAGAGUGUCUCUUAUUUAUGGAGAACUGGGGGCCACAGGAAAGGGCUUCUGAGCAUGACAUCAUGUCUCAUACUCCAGUCCUCUCCAAAGCUGCAAUGAGAACUCUGCUGUUACAUCAAAUCUUCCCCUCAGUCACCCCCAGAGCUGUACUUCCCAUUAUGCCGAUGCUACUUGAAAUCCAUCUGGGCUGUGAUCACAGAUCCUCCCAGAAGAGCUGCCUGAGCGCGAACGGAAUUGUGACUGCAGCUUUGGGGGUGAUUGAAGUAUAGGGGAUUUACCGAUUUUUAUCAAAAUUUAUACUGUAGGUUAUUCAGAG